GUACGGCGUCUGCAGAGAGGCGCUAGUCUCUCAGGACAUGACGUAUUUGGAAUAGUCGUGCAGUAAUCACAGUCGGAGUGUGUUUCUGACGAACCGCUUCAUCGUAAUUUUCACAUUAUUGAGAUAAGUGAGGGACGAAACAUCGUUCUACGCGAUUUCGUGUUAGUGUCGAAGAAGAAAGAAAUAAAAAAGACGAAAAGAAAACGAACUAUUCACGACAGUGAGUUUUAUGUGUGACAGUUGAUUGAUAUUACUCGGGGAAAGGGGUGUGGGCCAACUGAACGCCAGAAAAUAUUAGUGUUACAAUUAGUGGCUAGAUUUCACGUGCAUUGAGGACUCAAAUGAAUUAGGGGCCAGUUCGGGCCCCGGGAUACGCGCUAUGGACAGUGUGGACAGUGCUAAUAGACGGCAACCCACCCGUGUCUUUAAAAAAUCCAGUCUCAAUGGCAAGAUCACUGUUUACCUUGGAAAGAGAGAUUUCGUCGAUCAUAUAACCCACGUUGAUCCUAUCGACGGUAUAGUACUCAUUGAUCCGGAUUACGUGAAAGACCGAAAAGUUUUCGGCCAUGUUUUGGCAGCGUUUAAAUAUGGAAGAGACGAUCUCGACGUGCUCGGACUUUAUUUCCGAAAGGAUCUUUAUCUCGCUGCGGAACAAAUAUAUCCUCAGGUGACCAGUUCUCAGCCGCGCAGGGAGCUGACGCGUCUUCAAGAGAGGCUAAUAAAGAAAUUAGGAAGUAAUGCUUAUCCGUUCUACUUCGAGCUGCCGCCACAUUGUCCGGCCUCGGUGACGUUACAACCAGCACCUGGUGACAACGGUAAACCGUGCGGCGUCGAUUACGAGCUAAAGGCGUUCGUGGGCGAAACUCAGGACGACAAACCCCAUAAAAGAAAUUCAGUAAGGCUUGCGAUACGGAAGAUCAUGUACGCGCCAUCUAAGCAAGGCGAGCAACCGUACGUUGAGGUCAGCAAAGAGUUUCUGAUGUCGCCUAGCAGGCUACACUUGGAGGCGUCUCUUGAUAAGGAGCUUUAUCAUCAUGGCGAGAACAUAGCCAUUAACGUGCACAUCGCGAACAAUAGUAAUCGAACAGUUAAAAAGAUAAAGGUGUCCGUGCGACAGUUCGCAGACAUUUGUUUGUUUUCAACCGCGCAAUACAAGUGCAUCGUCGCUGAGGCCGAAAGCGAUAUAGGGGUAGCGCCGGGAUUCACCUUGAGCAAGGUCUUUUCUCUAAGGCCGACGCUUGCCGACAACAAAGACAAGCGAGGUCUUGCUCUAGACGGUCAACUUAAGCACGAGGACACCAACCUCGCAUCUAGCACAAUGGAGGGAUGCCCAGUGGGGCCGGGUUUCACGCUGAGCAAAGUCUUCUCUCUGACACCGCUUCUCGCCAACAACAAAGAUAAAUGGGGGCUCGCCCUCGACGGCCAACUCAAAGACGAGGACACCAAUCUGGCGUCCAGCACCCUCGUCGUAGAUCCAUCUCAACGCGAAAACCUAGGAAUUAUCGUCCAGUACAAGGUCAAAGUGAAACUCUGUCUCGGUGCGCUCGGAGGCGAACUAGUCGCCGAAUUGCCAUUUAUUUUGAUGCAUCCUAAACCAGAAGAAGAAAAAUCAACUCUGUCAACGUCACCUCCAAGUCCAACGAAUAAAGGGGAUGGUGACGAGGUACCGCUCGAUACCAACCUCAUCCAACUGGACACGGAAGCCGAUGGCGACGAUGACAUUGUAUUCGAGGACUUCGCACGUCUAAGGUUAAAAGGCGAGACUGAUGCCUGACCGUGUUGCUUAAACAUCGUAAAGUUGCAAGGUGGAACAACUACUAAACGUCCAAAGUUUCAAGACGCCACGUCCUCUGCCAAUACACGCCCUUUCUCCUUUUUAAUUUAAAAAGUCGAAGGGUAAAAUGAAUUAUAAAAAAUCGUUGCGUCGUGUGUAUGUAUGUAUUGUAUGUAUGUAUGUAUGUGUGUAUCUGCAUGUCGUGUGCCAGUAUCGUCGAUGAGAAAUAUUGUAAAAAAUAAAAAACAAAAAAAAAAGAAGAAGAAGAAGAAGAGGGAAAAAAAACAGAAAAAAAAUCAAUAUUAGAUAAAAUUAUGCGCUCAUAUUCGUCGGGUGAUAGAAAUCAUUUUCAAGCUGGAUCAUCCGUUGAUACCUUUGAUAACAUUGUAAAAGGAAAUUUGAAAAAUUCUCGUAUCAAUCGUGCACGUAUCAAUUCGCUUGUAUAACGAAAUAAUUUGUUGUUUUAUAGAUUUUUAUUAUAUCCGAAAAAAAAAAAGAAGAAGAAAUCCUCCAUCUUCGCGGUAAUGUCGGAAAAUAAACAAAAAAAAAAUUGAACAACUAUACGAACUAUAAUUCGAAUUCGAUCUACGAAUUAAUUUUUUAUAUUUCACUAACACUAUUAUCGCGUGUGACUAAGUACUAAGGGAAGAGUACAAAUUGUAAAUGCUUUUUCGAUAUAUUGUUUUUUGUUCUCUUUCUUUUUUUUUUUUUUUCUCCGAAGUCUAACCCCUUGAUUAAUUCUUUCAAGAACCAAAAAACUUGACGAACAUAAACGUCUCUUAAAUUUAUCGAAAAAUAUAUUUUUAAUGUCGAAAGAUUAAUUUUGAAUUCUUAAUUAUGGAAUAUUAAAAAGAAUUACAUUUUUUUAUAGGAUUAUGAUUUUAAUAUAAAUUACACAGCAAAACAAGUGUUCCUAUUUUCUGAUUCUUCCCUUCGACGUUAUUUUGCAACUCGUGUUAAAAUCGCAUGAAUAAUCGAAAGGUGCCUGGCAGUCCCGUCUCUCGAUGAAAUUUAUAUAUAUAUAUAUAUAUAUAUAUAUAUAUAUAUAUAUAUAUAUAUAAAUAUUAUAUAUGAAUUGGUGAUUUGAAAGUAUGGUCUAAUAGUAAGUCAUAAAAAAAAAAUAAUUAGUUUAUUACGUAAUUCGUAUAAUUAUAUCAUUGCUAUACGAAUUAUGCGACGGAUUAAUUUUUUUGUUGGUUUUAUUUUUUUUUUUUUCAUUUUCUGCUUAGUCCACUUUUCAUGAUUAUCGACUGAUAUAUACAUGUAUAUACAUACUGACACGAAAGUCAUGAAGCACAUGUAACUGCGACCGUAAAUUUAGUACAUACUUUUUGAAUAUUGUAACGACGAAGGAAUUCGUUUUCUAUGAAUGCAAACGAUGCUCGGAGUAUAUAAAAAAAAAAAAAAAAAAAAAAAAAGAAGGAAAGAAACUUUAAGUAGUAUAAUAAUUUAUCGUGGCUUCGGAACAAAUGUAGAUUAUUUCUUAUCUCCUCUCCUCCCUCUAUCCUGCUCUAUACGUUUUUCAAAAAUUAUACUUGACGAUUAAUAUAAUAUCUAAGACUGAAUUUUAACAUGCUGUUCAGAGAGACGAUAAGCAAUGACUUUUUUGAUUGAGAAGAUUCGAGCACAGAAAAUAAAGAGAGAAGGAGAGGGUUGGAGGGAGGGGGAGAGGAAGAGACGUGUGUAUGAAUAUACAUGUGUGUAUGUGUGUGAGUAUGUGUCCUCAGAAAACGAUAUAUACAUAUAUAUAUAUAUAUAUAUAUAUAUAUAUAUAUAUAUCGAACAAUAUUUGCAAAUGUACAUGAAGUCUUUAGGGACUAUAAAUGAGCGCAUAUAUUCUAGCGAAUUUUAAACAUAAUAUAUUUGAUAUACGGCUGCAUAUCUUUUAUUUUUACACAUUUCGUCGUCGAGGCGUCUGAUAAAAUUUUGUUUAAUAAUCCACUUUUCUUUUUUCUUCUUUUUUCUCUUUUUUCUUUUUUUUGCACGGUACAAGAUCUAUCCUUAGUUUCGGAUGUAUUAUUUUAUUUUAUUUUAUUUCAUUUCAUUUCCUUUUAUUUUAUUUUAUCGUUAAUACCUUUAUAUGCGGAAUAUUAUUCAUGUAUUAACCUAGUUACGUGCCACGGGUCUAUUUUUGGCUAUUUCGUGAAAUAAAUACACACGAAACUAAUAUAUACACAUGUCGCACAUAACUGACUACAAACUAGUUUUAUGCCUCUGAAAUUGGCUUGACUACUGAGAAAAUUUCACAGGGAUCCAAGUAAGAAACGGAAUAACUUUUCGUUGUCCGCAUAUAAAGUGUUUAAGAAACUUUUUUUGUAAUCGAUUAACAAAAUCAAAUUAAUAUAUAUUUACAUAAUUAAUUCGUGUUUCAAUUUUACCAGACGUAAGUAUACAUAUGUAUGUAAAUAAUAAAGGAAGCCGCACAUUUUUUAUUUAACUGAGAUUAAUAAGAAAAAAAUAACCAAGCGAAUUAGACACGAAAACGCAUAAUAAUUGAUUAAUACGAUAAUUCUAGAUUAAUUACUUAUUAUUAGCACAACAUGUUUAACGUAUAUAGGGAGAAUUAGAGUUUUAAUAUCUUCAUCGAGACGGUCAAAAUUAUAAGGAAAAAGAAAAAAAAAAAACAUAUUAAUAAUAAUAAUAAGAAAUAGUCUUAACACACGCACGAACGUCUUUUUUAAAAAAGAUUCGUCGUAAUUAGCAGAUGGUUUUUUAAUUUUUUUCCUUUUAUUCUCUUUUACAAUUUGCUUACAAAGCAUUAAUUACGAGUUGCGCCGUUUUUAACGUUUACACAAUUACAGGUGUCGUAAUGUAGGAAACACUUGGGCGUAAAAUUUUUAUCGAAACUUUUAUUUGUUAUUAAUAUAAUUCCAGAUACAUAAAAAAAGAAAAUAAGCGUUACGAUAUAAAAUAUAAUCGACAUGUAUAAAUUCAAUAACUUUUAGCUUUUACAUAUUUAUACUGAUAUAUAUAUAUAUAUAUAUAUAUAUAUAUAUAUACAUAUACAUAUAUAUAUAUUGAUUAAGAAGAAUUUAGGUUUUUUACAAAGCCCUCGUUCGUUCUCUGUACACUUUUAUAUACAUUUGUUCAUAUAACGUAUAACUUAUCACGUAACGUAAAAAUUCUAACGAUACAGUAUUUUUCUUCUCUUCGCGCGCGUUUAUCAUAUUUGUUAAAUUUGAUAAUUGUACGUAAGAAAAUAUCGAAGUAUUGUCUUUGACAACUAUACUCAUUAAUACGAGUUAUACAUACUGAAUUAUACGAAAAAAAGAAAAAAAUACAUUCGAAGUGUGUGUCACUCGGAAAAUUAUAUUAUAUAUUACAGUCCUUUUUUUAUACGAUAUAAUGCGAAGUAUAACUAUUAUUAAGUUUUAUAAAAAUUUUUGCAUAAUAUGUUACGUCGAGAAAUAAAAGAAGAAAAGUCUCUUGCUAUAAUAAUUUAUCGACGUAUAUAAUAAUAAAAAAAAAAAAGAAACAAAAAAUUAACAACUCAACGAUACCGAUAAAAAAAGUGGUUCAUUUUACUUUUCGAAUCUACUUACAUAUGUGUUAUCAUUAAGUAUUGUUCAAUGUAAUUAUAUACCUAUAUAUGUAUAUGUAUACUUCCUUAAUGUAAAUCUACAGUAUCUACGUAUAGUAUUUUAUACGCUUUCUGACGAAUACGCGAAUUUUUAUCUUUUUUCUUUUCUUUUUUUUUCUUUUUUUUUUUUUUUUUUUUUUUUUUUGAUAUUUUAUAUUUUCAAAUACUCGUAACACACAAUUGUGUGAGAAAACUUUGUGAAUUCGAAAAUUCUGAUACUGUUAAAUAGUUGUAAAAUAAUACAAACACACUCGCACACACGUAUAUAUAUAGAAUAAUAUUAAAGAUUUGGUUUCUGAAACCAUUUCGUUCUCCAAUUGAGAAAAAAGUCGAAAAUUUUCAUGGCGACUUUUAAAAUUCUGUGUGUACCAUUGUUUUAUUAUUAUUAUUUACUAUGCUUAUUAUUAUUAUUAUUAUUAUUAUUAUUAUUAUUAUUAUUAUUAUUAUUAUUACUAUUAUUAU